AUAUAUUAAUAUACUAUCAACAAUCCAAGUAUUGCAUUUCAAUUUACGGUCUCACUGUUACACUCUGUUAAUUUACUAAAGUAUUUAUUUAAUUUAGAAAUAGUUUAACUAUGGAAAUCGCAGACACUUAUUAUAGUAAAGAUGAAUACGUUGAAACGGCCUCUGGAAAUAAAGUUAGUCGUCAUACAGUGCUCUGCGGCUCCCAGAACAUUGUGCUCAACGGCAAAGUGAUUGUUCAAAGCGGUGCCAUCAUACGAGGUGACUUGGCAAACGUUCGUACUGGGCGAUACUGUGUAAUAAGCAAAAACUCUGUGAUACGACCACCAUACAAGCAGUUUAGCAAGGGCAUCGCAUUCUUUCCAAUGCACAUUGGAGAUCAUGUUUUCAUUGGUGAAGGUGCCGUGGUGUCUGCGGCAAUUAUUGGCUCCUUUGUGUAUAUUGGUAAAAAUGCCAUUAUUGGACGCCGUUGUACGUUGAAGGACUGUUGUGUGAUUGAAGAUGGUGCAGUUUUGCCACCGGAGACGACAGUUUCCAGUUACAUGCGAUAUACAUCCAAAGGUACCAUUGAGGGAGGUCAAGGCAAUCCAUAUUUUGUGCCCGCAGCCAUGCAGGAUGAAAUGGCCAACUAUACGAAGUCAUUUUAUGAGCACUUUGUGCGUACUCCGUUGCCUGCGAGUAUAAAGACUUAAAAAGUGAACUAUAAUAAUAAAGCUAACUCUAGGUACGA